UGAUUGUUGGUCUCAUCAGGCAACAUCUGUCCACAACCAUUUAGUUACGCGAUAUAAUAACGAUGGCAUUUCUUAAGGGAGAAGUUAGCAGGAGCGGGUUCUCAAUUCGUCAUCUUAAGCCUGUCAAGGUCGCUGUUAUUGGUGUUGGUAACGUCGGCUCGGCUACGGCCUAUGGACUCCUCUUAAGUGGACUGGCCGCCGAGAUCGUGUUGGUCGACUUAAAUAAGAAGAAAGCAGAGGGGGAGGCAAUGGAUUUGAGUCACGCAGUACCAUUCUCUCGCCAAACUCAUAUUCGUUGUGGACAAUAUGCCGACUGUGCAGAUGCGUCCAUCGUCAUCAUCACCGCCGGCCUCAACCAGAAACCUGGCCAGACACGAAUGGACCUUGUGAAAUCAAAUGUUGCUAUUUUCCAGGAAUUGGUACCACAAAUCGCACAUUAUGCCCCUGAAACUAUCUUGUUAGUGGCCACUAAUCCUGUGGAUGUGCUCACGUAUACCACAUGGAAACUGUCGGGUUUCCCUAUUCAUCGUGUCAUCGGUUCCGGAACAACACUAGACACUGCACGGUUUCGUUUCGAGCUUGGGCAAUACUACAACAUAGACCCGCAGAGUGUUCACGCCGAUAUCAUCGGCGAGCAUGGGGACACCGAGCUGCCAGUGUGGUCUCUUGCCAGUAUUUCCGGGAUGCCCUUGAAGGACUUCUGUCAACAAUCUUCCCUUAAAUAUGACAAUGAUGGUAUGCAACAAUGUUUCCUUGCCACAAAGAAUGCCGCCUACGACAUCAUACAGCGGAAGGGUUGGACAGACAAAGGCAUUGCCACGUGCCUCGUUCGGAUUGUCGAGACAAUCUUGAGAGACGAAGAUACCCUCCUCACGGUCUCAACAGUUAGAAGUUACCCUGGCGUCGGACAUACGGCCUUUAGUGUACCGUCGAAGGUCACUCGGGAUGGCGCAUUCCAGACGUUUGAGCUACGUCUCGAUGCAGAGGAAGAGGAACAGUUGAAAAAAUCUGCUGAAAGUAUAAGUUCAGUGAUUAGUUCCCUCGACCUACCAUAA